AUGCAGUGCGGUGCGCUGUCCCCGGUGCUGAUGCUGAGCGCAGCCCCUGAGCCACCGCCUCGUCCGCCGCCCUCCCGCUCCCCACCAGGCCCCGGCCCCCGCCAUGGCCCGGGCCUGGAGGCCUCGGGAGGCUCAGGUGGGGGAGCCCUGGAAAGCAGUCUGCGGGCUGCCGUGGCGUUCAAGGCCGAGGGCCAGCGCUGUUACCGGGAGAAGAAGUUCCGCGAGGCGAUUGGCAAGUAUCACCGGGCGCUGCUGCAGCUGAAAGCGGCGCAGGGCUCCCGCCAGCCCGACCCGGGCCCCAGCCCCGCGCCCCCGCGCCUCAGUGAGGAGCAGAGGCGCCUCAUGGAGAGCACGGAGGUGGAGUGCUAUGACAGCCUCACUGCGUGUCUGCUGCAGUCCGAGCUGGUGAACUAUGAGAGGGUGCGGGAGUACUGUUUCAAGGUGCUGGAGAAGCAGCAGGACAACUUCAAGGCCACGUACCGGGCGGGUAUCGCCUUCUACCAUCUGGGCGACUACAGCCGUGCCCUGCGUUACCUGCAGGAGGCCCGGAGCCGGGAACCCACAGACACCAACGUCCUUCGCUACAUCCAGCUGACCCAGCUGAGGAUGAGCCGCUGCAGCCGAGAGCGAGAAGGUGGCAGCAGCGGCGGGCCCGGCCGCGCUCGGGACGUGAUUGGCUGAUCCGCCCAGGCCCGUGUCGCGUGCUUUAGUGGGAGGCUCGGGACUCCGACCCGGGAGGGGCGGGGGAAAGGUCGGAGCUGGCUGCCGAGGCCAAAUCCCGCUUUUGCCCCGCCUCCUCGGCCCCUGGCUGCCCCACCCCCCACCCCCCACCCCGCGGGGCUGCGGCGGGGCACCCCAGACAAUAAAGUGAGAGAAUAAACUGCGACCCA